CUCAGGGACACAAAUGUAAUUUCUCAAAAAAAGUUACAAGCGAUCCUGGCCCUCCGUCCUAAAUUCUCCGGACAUCCUUCUUUUUCCUCAGGUGGAGAUUUUAUUCUCUAUUUUUGGUUGAAAGAAAAGGAGUGGAAGAGCAAUGGAAUACACGGCGGAGCAGCAACGGUACCAACAGCAAUACCAAUAUCAGCAGCAGGCAUAUGAAUAUGAUCCUUCUCAACACGAUCAAUCAGCCGCCUACUACGCCUACGCCAAUCAACAACAACAACAGCAAUACCAGUAUUACCCUCCUCAGGAAUCUUAUUCCCAACAAUACCCCCAGUUUUAUCAAGAAGCCGCUCCCAUUCACCCACCCGGCGUCCCCUUGGACCACCACAAUCAGGCCACCGUUUUUUAUCCUCCGCAGUCUGCUGUGGAGCCUCAAUAUCAGCAGGUAAUUGCGGCAUCGGGUUCGGAUUCCGCCACUGCGGCGGCGAAUUUUGUGGGGAAUAUUGAUAUAGUUCAGAGGGAUAAUCCGCCUCCUCAGAUGCAAACUGCAUAUAGGGGUGGAAGAAGGGGUGGUAGGCCUUUUAGAGGGGGCAGCCGGGGUCAUGUUGGUAACCGUGGCCUCAGACCAGAUGGCACUGCACCUCCUCGUAAUAGAGGUCAUGGCCACAGUGGCAGCAGGCACUUUGCUUCAAAUGGUGUGACAUCAUCGUUUUCAAAUUCUGUAUUGGAUCCAAGCAGUGCAGCUGCUGUAAUGCCACCUUCAGCAUUAGUUCCUGGUCAAUCAACAGUAGCAGCUCAGGUACCUGCUGCUCCACUCUUGCCACCUCCACGUAUGGCUUGGUGUGAACUUUGCAGGGUUGAUUGCAACAGACCAGAAAUCCUGGAGCAGCAUAAGAAUGGAAAGCGACAUAAGAAAAACUUGCAGGCACAUGAAGAGAUGCAGAAGCUGAACAAAGUCAUAACUGGACAACAAAGUGUGCAAGUUCCCAAUUCGGGAUCAGAAGUUGUUAAAUUGAAGAAAGUUGAGGCAUCUGAGGAAAAACAACAACAGGAAACUUCACCCUCCUUGGCUGCCACUAAUGACAAUAAGAAAGAAACUGAGAAGCAGAAAGACAUAGUGAAUAAGUCUGAGGUGUCUACUACUGAUCCUGUAGAAGCUAAAAUGAAAUUAAAGGAUCCCUCUGAAGCUAGGGGACGUGGUUUCAAGCGUAAGAUGAGAGGGGGACGAGGGAGUAAAUAUAUGAAAUGCAAUGAAGGACCUAGGAGACCAGUUGAGCCUCCCAAACCAAAGGGGGGUAUUCCUUUUAUGUGUGAGUUGUGCAACGUCAAGUGUGAAUCUCAAGUGGUUUUUAACAGCCAUUUGGCCGGUAAAAAGCACGUUGCAAAUCUGAAGAGGUUUCAUGGGCACCAGGCUUUAUACGGAGAAGCAGGGCUUCAAGCACUUUAUCCUCCUAAUUUUAAUGCUUCAUCAUCUUCCUUCAUCCCUCAAAUUCAACAAGGCCUUACUGACCCACAAGUUGUUUUAGCUCAGCUGUUAACUUAUGUCCUUAGUCAAGCCCAGGUCCCUGGGUUAGCAGCCCCUCAGUUAUCUCUACCAGCAGCAACAUUGGCACCAGCACAAAUACCAUUAUCAAGUUCGGAUAACCAGUAUCCCCAUAUGUUUACUCAAGGUUCAUUAGCCACAUCAGAAAUGAGGGAAGUGACCAUGAAGGCAGAAGCUGAAACUGGGCAGCAUUAUAGUGCGGCAAAGUCUGAAGCCUCGCCAUUUGCGGGAAAUAACAAAGCAGAGAGUCAAACUUCAGAAUCUGAAAAGAAUGACAUGAGUCGGCAACAAUCUUUCACUGCUAAGUUUGAAGUUCCACCUACAGCAGGAAGUGAUGUAAAGGUGGGGAAUGGAGCGUUAGAUUUGGAAAAUAAGGCAGUCAUGCCUCCCAUGGAUAACCCUACUUGUGCAACGUCGGAAUAUCUGGCCAUUGGAGACAAGCCAUUUCUGUCAUCAACAUCAGAGUGUAAAACAGUCUCCUUGGACCCAGUUGAUGAGUCAGGAUCAAACAACGAUUCGGAGGAACCAGAGGAGGAUCCAGAAGAGGAAGUAGAGGAUGAUUCGGGGGAGCAAAAUAAAUAGCCAAUUGAGUUGUGCAAAAUACUGUUAGUCUCUCCACAUUUGCCCCUUUUAAUGUGACAACAAUUUGUUGGUUCAAGUAUUCUUAUUUAUAAUUAAAAUGGUAGACCUCAUCUUGAAUUUAUAAAUAAUAACUUGU